AUGUCCGAAAGCUUCUCCCCCUACACCCGCAUGUCGCUCGCCGAGCGGCCGCGGGAUGGCCCCUCGAACUUUGGCUUGCCCACCAGCCGCUCGUUCUCGGGCACCCCAUCCGGAAUCGUCUCGCCGACACAGGAGGGAUCCUUCGAGACUCUGUCACAGGAAAGCGCCCCAGCAGCAUCGACCGCCAGGCCACGACGAGCACGCAACCUCCUCCAGAGCUACUACGGCACCAUUGCCAGCUCAGACGGCGCCAAUGAUGCCCACAACAUGGAUGCCGGCUCCUUCGAUAAAGACAAGUACAUCCAGAAUCUCCUCGCCAAUUCCUCCCUUUCCGAGCUGAUUCAGAAGGACAACGAGCUUGUCGCAGCAAUCAAGUCCUUGGACGGCGACAUGAAGACCCUCGUUUAUGAAAACUAUAGCAAGUUCAUCAGCGCCACAGACACCAUUUCGCGCAUGAAGCGGAAUGUCGACAACAUGGACGCUCAGAUGGGCCAACUUCACGAAAAGAUGGAGCGCAUUUCGCUGCACUCGACUGGCCUUCAUUCGGAGCUGGAGGAGCGACGCACCAAGAUGCAUCAACUUACUGGAGUCCACGACCUGCUCAAGAAGGCGCGUCUCAACUUUGUGUUCGACCUCCCGACCAAGCUCAAGCAGUGUCUCAAGAAGAAAAUGUACCAGCAGGCAGUGGACUAUUACUGCCGUACGGCCGGGCUGCUGGCACACUACCAACAUCUGGCGGUCUUCAAAAACAUCACGGAGGAGUGCAAGGACAUCAUGACAUCUGUUUCAGUCAAAGUUCGGGCAAACCUGUCCAAGCCGGAGAUAACUGCGCAAGAGCUCUCCGACAACAUGGGCAUCCUUAUCGGAAUCAGCAUGCAGACUCCAGCAGUUUUGACGCGCGAGUACCUAACCCUUUCUCAGAACUUGCUCGAUCAGACGAAACAAGUCAUCGACCGAGACAUGAAGCAACGGGCAGCCAAUGCACGCUCGCCUGGCGCAAGCGACAAAGUCCAGCUGCUCAGGGACAUCAACACUAAGCUUUUGCUGCCCUUUCUCGAACUUGUACGUGGCUACGAGCUGUAUUUUCUCGGAAUCGGGCCCGAUGCCUCCCCAUCGAUCAUGUCUCCUGAAAGCGCCAACAGCACCGUGUCAUGGAAGUCGGCAAUAUCGAUCAAGAUGAGCGCAGAGGAGAAGGAAGCGGCUCGAAAGGAUCUGCUCGAACUAGCCAAUGCUUUCAUGGAACAAUAUUACAGCCGCCUCGAGAAUCUGAUGGGCUCGCUUGCACUCACUCCAGAGAGCGUCGUUGAUUUCUUGGGUCUUUUGAAUGCGCUGUCGCAAGAGCUCUCCAUCAUCGACGAUCGCAACAGUGUGGUCCAAGUAUGCCGGAAGAUCCAAGCCAAAAUGGAGUCAUGGCUCCGACUGGCCGUCGAAACAACACUGGGGCGCGUUCAGGACCAGUUUUUUGGGAACUUCAACGUCAACACUGUUCUGGACUCCCACGCCUUUGAGCUUGCAGAACCUAUAUCUUCCUCAGUCAACGACGGUAUCAUCAACCUACUGCCGAUUCUGGAGACACUUGCCCAAAAGGACGUGUUGCUUGUGCAGCAUAUGACCCAAGGGCUCGACGGCCUGCUGGACUUGAUCGAGUCUGGCUUCUCCAAGUUCUGGAGCAACCUGACCAACGCGAUGAUGCGAUUCCUAAUGUACUCAAGGGUUGCCAACGAGCUCUCGGCCGUGACGAUCGAGUCCAUAUACGGAAUACUUCUGGAGCGCCUGUUCUCCAAGAGCCGAAAGUACAGCUCAGACACCCGUGCGACUCAAUCGUUUGGCGGCUCACCCAAAAAGAAGCACGCGAUGGCGAUCAGUGCCACGGGCGGGGCCCUGAACAACGCCCCGGUCUCGACGUUUGUGCAGCAGAGCAAGCUUGGAACGGGUCACUACUCGGCUAGAGUCAAGGACAUUAUCAACAUGUGUCGAACCUGCGCCGAGGAUCUCUUGCGAGUCUAUGUCAAGAUGGUCACGUCGCAGUUCACUCUGCAGAUUCGGCCCCACUUCCGGAGAGUGGAUUGGACCCAAGCCGCAGAACCUAUCACGGUGUCGAAGAUUUGGGAAGCCGUCGUUGCCCAGGUCACCGCCGUGACCAACGAAAUCAACCAGAUCUAUGAAGAGCCAACCUCGGAUUCAGGGUUUGGACAAAACCCAGUCGACCGGAGAGCCAACAAGCUCAGCAACCGUCGCGCCAGCAGCAAUCCUUACACAACCAACUCGGGCUCAUCCAGUAUCUCCAGUGCCAUCAACAAGCCGCAAAAGAUCUCCACCAGUGACAUUGGCUCGGUGUCCGGCCUUGGGACUGGCUCGGGCUCGUCAAAGUACGAUGCAUUGCUCAGCAACAUCGACCGACUGUUCGCCGAGCGGGUUGUCUACUUUGGCAAGGUCGAAAUGAACAAACUCGACAUCCUUAGCAGCGUUGCUCGGAUCGUGCUCAAAAUGAUCGUCGAGGAGGUGCGACAAGUCACGUUCGGACCAGGGGGAUUCCACCAACUGCAAGUCGAUGUUGAGAUGAUGAGGGGCCACUGUUGGACAUACACCUCGGACGAUCGGUUGAUCAGCUCUCUCUACGAUGAAAUCAUAGCAAGUGGGUUCCGGCACUGCACAGAUGCGGGCAUCUUCACACGGGAGAGUCUCGAGUCGAUCUUGCGGGACUGGGAGCAAAGUGCGCAGCCCCAGGUUGAAACCGAGUGA